UACUGAUAUUUGCUUUUCCCUUAAACUCUUGGAAGAGACUGUACAAUGGUAAUACGAUUGCGCAGAUUAUAGAUAGGAGUGUACCCAACAUGGCAGCGAUUGUUUCUCAAUGACUUCAGCUCCUAAGGGAACGUUAAAGUUUAUUGAAAAGUUUGUGGAAUUAGUGAAUGCGUGGCCGCAGAAACCGAAAUCUGAACAUUUCCGAAUAUUUGGAAUUUGUUAUAUACUUGGUUUUAUGUCAGAAUUGGGAAUAACUUACUACAACUGUGGGAGAACUAACAUUUUCGAAGAGUAUAAGAAACAACUGAUAGAACAAAGAGUUGAAGCAAAAUUGCAGAAAAUAAAAAUUUGAAACAUUUAAGAAACUAUUGUGAAAAUAUAUUUAGAUUUGUGACAGUGUUAUAGCUGUUACAAUGCCGUAUGGUAUAUCGUGGUUUCGAUACAUAUCAUUCUGCACAACGGCAAUGAUAUCGAUGUUAGCAGGUGCACAGUCUGUACACAUGAUAUUUUUACCUCUUGAAGAUUUGGAUGAUCUUAUAGAGAAGGAAUUUAAGAAAAAACUAGCAGAAAUGGAACGCAGUUAAUGCAGUAUUGAAACAUGUAACGGUCAUAAUAAAGAUUGUAAAUAUUGAAAAAUUGUGAUAUUUACCAUUAA